UUGCUGACAUUUUCGUACAUAAAGAGCGGUUCUCUGAGUAGAUUCCUUGUCCGACAAGAGCUCGCGCCUGUAGAUUGUCUUUUGGUUCGGUGCCUCUGAUUACCUUGAACGAAAAUGGGCCGUAAGAAGAAGGGAGGUGGUGAGGGAGGCAAGCGCGCCACCACCAAUGUCGGCGCCGUCUUUGAGCAAUCUCAGGUGCAAGAGUUCAAGGAGGCAUUCCUGCUUCUGGACCAGAACAGAGAUGGCUUCAUCGACAAAGAAGACAUGAAGGACACCUUCGCUUCUCUAGGUAAGCCUCCAGAUGAGGAGAAGGUGAACAGGAUGAUAGGAGAGGCAUCAGAACCGAUCAGCUUCACCGUCUUCCUGGCCCUUUUCGGAUCCAAGAUGUCCGGCUCUGACCCCGAGAGUGCCCUCCAGGGUGCCUUCAAGCAGUUCGACCCCAGGAACAAGGGAUUUCUACCAAAGGCCCUAGUUAAAGAAGUUUUCACCGAGAAGGGUGACAAGUUCAAGGAGGAAGAGUGGAACCAGCUGCUGGCUGGUGCCGGUCACGUUGUCGACAAGAAGGGCCGUUUCCACUACCCAGCCUUCUGCCGCUUCCUGAAGGGUGGAGAGGAGGAGGACGUCGAUGAAUAGACGAUUAGAACAGAUACGGGAUAAUGAGAGUUUGAUCCACACGAUCCAACAGAAUUUGUGUCUUGUACAUCAUCUUUUGCCCAUGUUGGUCAGCGCAUUGUUAGCUAUGGACUACCACCUUUUGCAGGGACAAAUUCCGUCGCACGUGUGGGUCAAAACUAUGAAAGGGUACGGGGGUAUAGUUUGAACGACAGUUGAGAUAUUAAUUUUUAAAAACUUGGCCAAAACAAACAUCACAUUUGGCGGACAACACGUUAAGUAGCAACCAAACGCAACGAAGCAACCGAUUACAUGUCGCAAAUCCAUACAUGUUUGUGUGUCAGCGUAGCGGUAGUUUGUUUUUCCUCGCCGUGUACGUGAGUUUUAGGAGAUUAUUAUGUUUGGAUAAUGUAUAUACAUCUUUUAAUAUUUGCCAUUUGUUAUUUCUAAUAACGAAAAAGUGGGUUCACGGCGGCCUGGAAUAGCAUUUCGCCUUCAAGCUCGACUCGGUUCGUCAUGUUCCCAUAUUUGUUAUGAAAUAGUGAUUGCAAUGUCAUUUUUUCAUGGACAGACACGUGGAAUAAACACUAGCCUGCCCACCCGUA